AUGCUUCCCAAGACUUUCCUAGCCAUCUUGACGGCACUUGUCGCCGUGCAGGCCUCUCCCAUGGAUAAGCGUGGCGUGGUGCCUCACGACUCUAUCCAACCUAUGGGUGAGACUGUUCCCCAUAAUGCAGUCGGCAACACCUUCAAGAAGUUCGAGCCGUAUUUGCAUAUUGCGCAUGGUUGCCAGUCUUACCCGGCUGUUGCUUCCAACGGCGGUACCAGUGGUGGUCUCCAGGAUACCGGAAGUUCCACUGGCGGCUGCCGGGACCAGUCCAAGGGCCAGACCUAUGUACGCGGUGGCUGGCACAAUGGCCGCUAUGGCAUUAUGUACGCUUGGUACAUGCCCAAGGACAUGCCCAACAGCGGUGUGUCGGUGGGUGCCCACCGCCACGACUGGGAGAACGUUGUUAUCUGGGUGAAUAACCCCAGUGUGCGUAACCCAACCUUGUUGGGCGGCGCGGCCUCCGGUCAUGGCAAGUACAAGAAAACCACCAACCCCCAGCGCCAGGGAGACCGCCCCAAGGUUGAAUACUUCACCAACUUCCCCACCAACCACGAGUUGCAAUUCACCAACACCUUGGGUCGGGAUCUACCUCUUAUUGCCUGGGACUCUAUGUCGCCUGCCGCGCGCAGGGGAUUGGAACAGGCCAACUUUGGUGCCGCCACGGUGCCAUUCAAGGACUCCACGUUCCAGGGCAAUCUAGCCAAGGCUGCCUUGUAG